AUCUACUAUCCCGGAAAAGUGGCAUCACCUCAAGAUAUUCCCUUUUUAUCUCAUACAUUUCUUGGCUCAACCUCAAAGAAGGAAGGGAAAGAGCACACAGUCGGUGCACAGGAGCCGACCUGUCGAUUCCUGAUUCAAUCGAGAUCGGACUCAGAGCAACAAAGUGGAGAAUUCGCGUCUCCAGCCUAUCCAGGCUUUCAUCCACCCGGACUCCAGUGCAUUUAUAUGUUUCGUGGCCAACCAAAUCAAAGAAUCAGAAUAGAGAUUGUUGACCUUAAUCUCCCAUCUCAAAUGAACACUUGCUCAACGGAUUACGUACAAAUUUUUGAUGGUGGUGAUUUAAACAAAGCUACAAGCAUCGGAAAUCGUAUAUGUGGUGAACAGAGAAAUCUGCAAAUCUACUCGACGGAGUCCCUCCUGACUAUCAUCUUUGUGACCUCUACCACAGCAACCAAACACACCUACACGAAGUAUCGAGGAUUUCGCAUUGCCUAUCAAUUUUGGGACAAAUUUGUUCCCGUUGCAUUCGACUUGAAGGAUCUUCACGUUCGUGGUACCGAAUGCGACUUCUCAAUUCGAAGUGGUAUGCAGAAGGAAGGGGUUCUUGAGGCACCCAAUUUUUCUUUCAGCGCUCUUCUCUACCCUUUGCAUGUCUGCACCUUCUACUUCCUCGGAAGACAUGAAAAACAGCGCCUUGAAACAGUCCGAGUUGGCUUCGACUUUGUUGAUCUGCCUUCUUUCAAUGCGAAUGAAAAAAGGUGUUCCAAUGGAUUUCUAGCCAUAUAUGGGUCUCGAGUGGAGAACACCGAUAACUUUACUCUGCGUCCGAUUGUCUCGCCUUCAUUCGGGGAUCUUAAUUUAUUCGAGGCGAACUUCGCAGCUCCUUUGAACGCGGUGGGCCUGCCCCAUCCGUCUCAAAUUUGGUGCGGAGACAAGUUGAAUGCAAUCAAAACUAAAGACGAUGUGGACAGCUCCGCAAUCAUUUCAUUGCGCUCAGCUCUCGCCUUAAGGUUCAAUGCCAGUGGAAAGUCCCCCAUGAAUGUCCACUUCCGUGUUUACUAUAAAUUUGUGUCGGGUAAAUUCAUUUAUUAUCUAAUUUGA